CCAUGAUGCGUGCACUGGGCUCUCUUCAUCGGGUGCAGCCGAUACUGGUGAUUGAUGUUAUAGUAGUCGACGCGUGUGUACUAUACUCGGAAGCCAAUGAGUGUCUGCUGCUGAGUGCAUGGGUAUGUAUCUUUCGGGCUGUCUUUCGUGCGGGGCGUGAGUGAGGGAUAGCGCUUCUUUCUGUCAGUCGAGGGCAAGCGGGUUGUAGGCCUCGAGCUGCAGGAUGGUCUUCUCGUCACCCUUCGGUCCCACCCCUAUGGCCCUAUUCCCUGGCAACCUGUCGUGGUCCAGAACCUAACAAAAAGCAGAGACGGUUCCAUGCACUCAUGUGAGGUGACGCUACACUCACUCACUACCUUGAUUUUGCCAGCCAGCGGGUGGCGCAGCAGGUAGUAAUACAGUACACGGACAGUGAUAUACACUGACGGGUCCAACCAUCGGGCCUCUGACAACAGGAGCGCAAGGAGGUUAAUCGUUCAUCGCAUGGAAAAGGGCCUUACUUUUGGGUCUUUUUGGGUCCCUUCUGGCGUGAGGAGCCUCCGUGUUGACCGCCGCCUCCUCAGAACCACCACUGCUGCUGUCCGCCACCGUCACGCCCGGCUCUUCCCUGACAAACACGGCCGGCCUCGUGUCCGCAUCGCCAGCCGCAUCUCCAUUCCCCAUCUGCGGGCUGGUCACCAUCCGCCUGAAUGAGAAAUUGAGAACGGAAAGAGAGCAAUGCCGACAGACCAUUACAGACCAUUACAUACACUUUUCAGCUCGUUGCAGACAACGUACCUGCGAUGCUACAGAGCCGCUUCUGUCAGAUUAAGAGGGCGACUAGCCAUCAAUGAUGAGCCUUUC